UCCCAUUUUCACGAGAACGAGCCUGAGUAAAAAGUUUACCGAACUUGUUCAAGACACAACAGGUGUUCGUAAUAUAACGUUAUUAGCCCCUUUUUUUAAAAGAGUAUUGUUUAAAAAAAGCCAACUUUGUAUUCAAUGUACGAAGUUUUUAGAGUGCUAUCGUUUAUCUUCUUAAGUUUACUUAUACAAAAUAUACCCGCGAGAUACAUUUGAUCUUAGAACUUCUUUUAUUUGCAAGAAAUUGUCUAAAAACUUGAGCUAAUGCGAGCAAAGUAAAAAAAUGCAUCUCAUUAGAAUCAAACUACAGUCCCCGGAGCGGGAAGAAAGUCGUAGCAUAACAAGCUCUACGAAACUAGAUCUCAGUUUGUUUAUAAUUAAUGCUCGAUACACCCGCACGGGAAUAAUUCAACGGUUUAUGCACCCUUGAUAGUAUGAGAUGAAGUUUCUUUAGACGCCGGGGCGGCGCGGCAGCGCGGGGCGUACGACGCCAUGGGGCGGAGCUACAGAGCGCCGCUCAGUCGGUGGGCAGCCGCCGUACGCGCCACACGCCUGUCGCCACCGUGCUAAACUCUGGUCAUGCCACGCGAGUCGCGAUGUCGUUUUCAAAGCGUGAAUAUUUAUGACGCGAUCGACCAAUUCGCUCCCUCAUAAAUGGCACUGCCGACCUCAAUGCCUCUCCGCAGCUCGCAUAUGAUCGUAAAAUGCUAAUAAAACAAACUGUCGCGAAAAGACUCGAGCGCCGAACUUUUAAUCAAAUCAUAGUGUACGUGUUGUUUUACUGUCAUGCCGUCGAGAGGAACUCCGCGGCCGAAAUGCCGCACGAGUGCGCGUACCGCAGCCUCGAGGCGGAAACGAUGGAGAACGCAGUUCUUUUCUGCAAGAUCCGAACCAUAAGUAGUUUGGACCACCUGUUACAAAAUAUAAGCAGGACGCAUUUCGAAGACGUGAUUUCUUUACACGUACAGUGCAGUGAGAUAUUAUUUUUCGAAAGCACUCUUACAACACAGGCUGAAAAGCCGCCAGGAAAACAUACAAGUCUGUCAAAGCUUCGAGACCUUGUUGUCGAUAAAUGCAAGAUACGCCAAAUUCCUGCAAGAGCGUUUGAAAACUUUAAGGACUUGAAACGUCUGCACGUGACAACUCACAACAGCGAGUGGUCUGCGAUGACGAUGGAGCUACACGAACAGGCCUUCGCGGGCCUGAACGAGUUAAUUGAACUCGACCUGAGCGACAAUAACAUCUGGAGCACUAAAACAGAAAUAUUCUGUCAAUUGUACAGUUUGAAAAUACUGAAUCUAUCAAAUAAUCACUUGCAAAACAUAAAGACAAUUGGGUUUUCUGAUUCUUUGAGAGAACAGAAUUUAAGCGUAAAAAGUUGCAAUCUAGUUAUAGAAGUUCUUGAUAUGUCUUAUAAUGACUUAAUCGUGUUGACCGACAAUAGUUUAUCAAAGUUACGUUCACUGGCGAAAUUGUUUCUACAGAAUAAUGCAAUAUCUACCCUAGAAGAUGGUGCCUUUGAAGGAUUGCUCAGUUUGCAGGUUUUAAACUUAUCUAGUAACUUUUUAAACACUGUUCCCCCCGAACUUUUCUCUGAAUCAAAGUCCUUAAAAGAAAUUAAUUUAAGCAACAACACUAUAAAUACUUUACCUCCAGGACUAUUUGAAGGUUUAGACCAAUUACAAAUAUUAGAUUUAUCAAAUAACGUACUUACUAGUCAGUGGAUAAAUAAGGGCACAUUUGUAGGAUUACUUCGCAUGGUUAUACUUAAUCUCUCGUACAAUAGGUUAAAUAGGAUAGACCGACACAUGUUCCACGAUCUAUACAGUUUACAAAAAUUGAACUUGGAACAUAAUGACAUUACUUCUAUAGACGAGCAUGCAUUUGGCGAACUGCGAAACUUGCACUCCCUAACACUUUCAAACAAUAAACUUGUACAUAUUCACACACAUUUGUUCACGGAUUUGCACGUUCUGCACGAGUUAUUCAUAGAUAACAAUAAUAUUAAGCACAUAGACGAGGACGCUUUUGAAAAUAUGACGGCUAUCGAGGAUUUAGUUUUGAAUGAUAAUAGUUUGUCUGUGUUUCCUUCAUCGGUACGCAAACUCAGGUCCCUAAGGUCAUUGGAUAUCGGAAAGAAUAAUAUAACGCAUUUGAAUCGGGAAAACUUUAGGGGACUCUCUGAACUUUUCGGUUUGCGUUUAGUGGAUAACAAAGUUACGUAUUUAAAUGAAGACACUUUUGAACAUUUACCACAGCUUCAGGUACUUAAUUUGGCAUCAAAUAAAAUAAAACAUGUUUCCCCGGGUUGUUUUAGAAAAAAUGUAAACUUAAAAUUACUAAGAAUGGAUGGUAACGAAAUUACUAAAUUCGAUGGAAUAUUUAACACUUUGAAUAGUUUGGUUUGGCUAAACAUGUCUGCUAACAAACUUUCUUUUUUUGAUUUUAGAAGUUUCCCAAUCAGUUUAGAAUGGUUAGACCUCCACAAAAAUAAUAUAGAAAACUUUGUGAAUGACGACAUGUAUUCUAAUGUAAAUAUUAAGUUACUAGACCUAAGUUUUAAUAAUAUAAGUCAAAUAACUGUGACCUCGAUACCAAAAUCUGUAGAAAAACUUUAUUUGAACGACAACAACAUUCAAAGCAUUCAAGUCGGCUCAUUUUCUAAACUGAAAAGACUAUCAACGGUUUCGUUAAAUAACAACAAACUGGUACAACUCGACAUGAACGCAUUUAGGUUAGAUCAAAUAGAAGAAGAUAGUGAUUUACCAGAGUUCUUUAUAAGCGGCAACCCAUUUGUUUGUGACUGUUCAAUGGAAUGGAUUCAACGCAUUAAUUAUUUGAGUCACAGUCGACAAUACCCGCGCGUGUUAGAUUUAGAUAAAGCCUUUUGUACGUUGGUCCAUUCGCGCGCCAAAGAAAAAAAGAUGAUAAUAGACAUGUCACCUUCCGACUUUCUCUGUCCAUACGAAAGCCAUUGUUUCGCCCUGUGUCAUUGUUGUGACUUUGUAGCAUGUGACUGUGAAAUGAUUUGUCCAAAUAACUGUAGAUGUUAUCACGACAUAACGUGGAAUGCGAACGUUGUAGAUUGUUCGGACGCCGGCUAUACAGAAGUGCCCGAACGAAUUCCGAUGGACGCUACCGAAAUAUAUUUAGAUGGAAAUCACAUCAGCCAUCUGGGAAAUCACGUGUUUAUAGGCAAGAAAAAACUUCAAGUACUCUACUUGAACAACACAAAGUUAAAAGAAGUAAACAACCAAACUUUUAAAGGUGUCGAUUCCCUCAGAGUUUUACAUUUAGAGAAUAAUAAAUUGGUUGAGUUAAAAGGGGAUGAAUUCUUACAUCUUAAUAAUUUGAAUGAACUUUAUUUAGACCAUAACGCGAUAGUGCAUGUUGCAAAUAACACAUUUUCCUCUUUGAAAUCGCUGUCAGUUCUGAGAAUCGAUGAUAACAAACUGGUGAACUUCUUUCCUUGGAAAUUAUUAGCUUCGUCUUCCAAAAGUUUAGCUCAUGUAUCUAUUGAGGGCAACCAAUAUUCUUGUGACUGUAAGAGUAUAGCUGAAUUAGAUUCGUGGCUUAGGAGGGAUCCGGGAGACCCGGAGAAAAUGUUGUGUACAGAUACUGAGGGAAAACCAACUAAAAUAACUAUUGCCUCGGUAUUGAGCCAUUGUAAAGAGUAUAUGGGAUCAAUAGGGGACCCGUCUGUAUCGAAAGAUGAAAUUGUGUCCAAGUCAAUAUUUCUUCCUGAUAAUUACUUUGCCGUUAUCUGUGGAGUAAUUAUUAUUCUUGCAGUGAUCUGCCUAAUAGGUGCUAUAUUUUACGCAUUCAGAUACGAGAUUAGUGAUUGGUUAUACACUAAAUAUGGUGUACCUCUGUUCAAAGAACAGUCAUGUCCAAACGUCGACCAUGUUUUGGAAGGCAAUCCAAAUCACAUGUAUGAUUACUACGUGAUAAGUAAUACCAAAGAUACAAACUUCAUAUAUCAUAACAUAAUGUCCGAAAUCGAGUUCAGAAAAAUGACUUCCAAAAAGUUCUCAGUAAACGAGGUUUCCCUUAAUAUUUUGACAUUAGACAGCUUUUCAAAAUCAUCGAAGUUAUCGAAACGUCUUAUCAUUGUUCUAACAACGAAUUUUAUUUGCAACGACCUCUACGAUAUUCAUUUCAAAAAUAUAUUUUUUAGUUAUCUAAAGUCCCUGAAUCGUAGCGAUUUGAAUAAAGUAAUAUUUAUAAAAGUCGUUGAGAACAAUCAAAUAAGCGACGAACUGUGUUUUGUAUUAGAUAAAUUCAAAAAUAUAUCUUGGAACGACCCGCGUUUCUGGGACAGAUUCAUCGCUUUACUCAAUUCAACCGACACCAUUAUUACAGUUAAAGGCUCUGAGAAGAGCGUAUUCAAGAAGUCGUUACGUCAGACUCCGACGUUGAGAUACACGACAAUGCCGGUCUCAAACGAUACUUGCUCAAAGCAGAAUUUCACGAAUUCCUUACAGUAUUGUAAGAGGAACGAUGGGGAAUCGUCACAGAAUGAAAGUUCACCGUCGUCGGACAACAACACGUACGGGGAAGGGAACAAUUCGAACAAUAGCUACAUGUCGAUCGACAACAGGACUUGUCCUCGGUUUAAUUAUGACCUGAGGCUGUCCCCUAGCAGUGGUCACGUAUAUUCUAGGGUAGAUGAUAUUUCGCCGACUGUACCGCGCUCCAUAACCGGGAGUGCCUCUAAUAAGGGCCGAACGUACUUUGUUUAAACCUAACUCUCAAUAUUUCGUAUCCCCAUAAAAGUAGGUUGUAUUUUAAUUUCUUUUGCACUAAAGCUUGCACUUUUAAAAUAUAUAUUCUCACCUCGAUUUAUUUGAAUUGUAAAUAAAAAAUUGUUACUUAUUGUCAUACAUUUUGUCAAUUUUCACAUACGUAAUAUAAGCAUUACGGGAAUGGAGACGUUUUACAAGAAUACGAGUAUUUUAAUGAAACAAUAUUUGUACAAAGUUCGUGUGAAAAUGUUGAGUCUGAUUGUGGUAACAUUUUUCAAAUAUUAAAAUUAUUAUUAAUUGUAUUAAUAUAGUUUAUUGAAACUGUGAAUAAUAAUCACAGAUCAGUCACUGUAACGCAACACCAAAUAGCAUAAGAUGUUUAACGUAAUUCCCAUACUCACAAUUAUAAAUAUUGAUGUGUAUAGUUUUAUUAAGAUUUUUGUUAUUAAAAUUAUAUUCGACGCUUAAAAUAUAAUUAUAA